CUUACGUUCAAGUAGACUUUAUUUUCUCGCUUUACUAAAGGACAUGUAAAGAACUUAUUUUUAAGUAAAUUAAUGUUUAGAACAAUAGGAUUUUUAAUAAUUUAGGUACUUUAUUUAACAUUAAAGUACGUGAUUUCAUAUGUUAUUGUCUUAACUUAAAAUGCAUUAUCAAAUAAUCUAAGUCUGCUAAAACUUUGUUUGUUGUAUGGGCUAGUUGGAACGCUCACCUCUCUGUUCCAAAAUGGCCGAUACAGAACAAAAACGCGAUAUUUGUACCGCAUUGCUGCGCUUCUUGUGAACUUUUCAACAGAAAUUCAGAUCAAAUCAAAGCCGGCGAAGUCGCCGCCACUGUCAAAAUUUAAACCCUUAUUUUGACAAGCCAAAAUGGAGCAGCAAAUUGUGGUGAAGACGGAAAUGCAGCCGAAUGAGGAAAUACUGCUGUUUUAUGUAGAUGAAGAAGAUGGCACAACGGAACAUGGAGUAGUGACAACUAUUGAAAACAUUGAGCAACAACAAGUAGCUCAGCUUCAAGAAGACAAUACCUAUCUGGUCGAACAAUCCAGCGCUCCCUAUGAAGAGCCAAUGGAAGAGGACCAUGCCUGGGCUAAGGAUAAAUGGACUGAUGAUGAAACUAAACGACUUCUAGUAUUCUAUGUUGACAAUAAAACCUCUUUCCUAGGAGGAGCAACAACAAAAAAACAUCUAUGGACUGUAGCUUGCAAAACUAUGCUCUCAAACAAAAACCAUGCAGCCUGUGAAAUGAAGCUGCGGAAUUUAAAAAGAAAGUAUACCCAGUUGCGUAUAGAACAAGAGAAGGGGUUCGAUGUUAUAUGGCCGUAUUUCCAACUAAGCCACCAAGCUUUCCAUGAUGACAAAUAUGUCAAUGCUGUUUUAGAGGAGGAAAAAGCCAGAAUGGCGCCUAAACCUGUAGUACCGGCUAGAUCAAAUGAAGAUGCUGGCAUUGUGGUCGUCAAGAAGGUAAAUUCGAAACAUGCAGGGGACGGAAAUGUAGAAGCAAUGUUAAACUUAUACUUGAAACAUAAAAAGAUCAGUAGCCAUAAAGUAAAACAAAGAAAUUUGUGGCAAAACAUUGCUUUACAGAUCGGUACAGAUGAUGGUGACUACUGGCAUAAACGCUUUUUGAAUUUCAAGAGUAACUAUGUAAGGUUACUGGAGAAAAGAAACUUAGAAGGCCCAGAGUCUAUUAGCUGGCCUUAUAUGAAACUGUUCGAUCAGAUUUAUGAAGGAGAUGAAGAAUUCCAGAAAAAACAUGGACCGCAGAAAUAUCAGGCUCCAAUGCGUAUAGAACAGUAUCAACAAGUCCCAGCAGAAUCUCUAGAACAUAUCUGGAAUCAGACAGAAUUGACUGUUCUUGUAAAAUACUACUUUGACUGCUACCAAGAGUUUCAAGAUAAAACCAUUCCAAACAGUUUCCUGUGGAAUGAGGUUGGACGCCUAAUAGACAAAAAUCCUGAUUCUUGCAAAGCUAAAUAUGAGGAAUUAAGGGCCGAGCAUCUCGGGAAAUAUAUUGAAGGAGGAUAUGAAAUACGCAAUCGAGCGCCACUUGCAAUUUUAUUCGACAAUAUAAUCUGUAAAGAUGUCCAGCUAGAAAUAGCUACCAAGAGCCUUCGAGCCGCUGAAAAUGACAUGUGGAAAACUGAAGAGUUGGAUGAGUUGGUACAAUUUUUCUAUGACAAUGUUGAGGUUUUUAAAGAUUCCGUUUGUUACUUUGUAUGUUGGGCUGCUAUCUCGAAGAAGCUGCGGAGGACUAUUGCUGCUUGUAGAAAGCAGUGGAAAGAGUUGACAAGACUGUACAAGAGUAUUCUGGAUGAUAAGAAGGAGAAUCCUGACAUGCAAAUUGACUGGCGAUAUAUUGAGUUGUUUGACUGCAUAUUUGUUUAUGGAAUGGAUACGCAUCUUCUUGACGGCUAUGAGAAGUUACAGGAUCAGGAGAAAGAGUCUGAAAAAGUUGGAGUAAAAAAAGUUGAAAUCAAAUCGGACGACGAAAAUGAGUUCGACGAAAUCAUAUCCGAAGACGAGGAGUCGUAUGACGAGAGAGGCUUCAUGAAGCGCUCCAAACGUCGCCCCGGCGAGUCCAAGUCCUUCAAAAUACUCGAAUACUACCAGAAAAACAAGGAUAAGUUCAACUCUCCUUUCCGUAAGAAGCUAGCUCUUUGGGAAGUCCUAGCUAAAGACAUAGGCAUUUCAGCAACUCAGUGCGCACAUAGAUUCAGAAACCUAAAACAAGUCUACACGAAAUAUGUCCAAAGAGAAAUCAAUAAGCCUGAGAAACCUAUCCUGUGGCCGUAUUACGCGCAUUGCAAAAAAGUCUUUGGAUACAGAGCCAUUAAGUCCAAAUUGCGCAAUGGCAAGAAAGAUACUGAUGAUGAGGAAGACUGGUCGGCUAAAGAAAUUAAACAACUCAUCGUUUAUUUCUCGCAGAAUUUUGAUGAUAUCAACUCUAAUUUGGAGGAUAAAAGCAAAUGGUCAGCUUUAGCCGCUGAAAUCGGUAAAUUGGAAGAUGCUUGCAGCGAUAAGUUGCUAGAACUGAGAAAAUCUUACAGGAAACUUAAGACAAUGAAAACUAGAAAUCCUGAUGUUAAGAUCAGUUGGAAGUAUUUCAAUAUGUUUGAUGAGAUUUAUAGUGCAAGAGAAGAUACGAGUGAAAUUGUGCAAGAAAUUGAAAUAAAUGGAGAUGGAUAUGAAGAAUUGAAUUUUUCUGAUGUUAAAAUGGAAGUACAAGACGAUGACUUUCAAUGCAUAAUCGUGAUACCCGAAGGCCAGGACAUCAAUGACAUGAGUAAUGCACAAAUAAUUAUGUCUGAAAAUGGCCAAAUGCAGCCGUACAUACAAGUCCAAACAGAAACCCAACAAACAGUCAAGAAAUGGACUAAAAAGACCAAAAAGACAUUGCUGAUACACUAUAUUAACUAUUUGAGGAUGAAUAGAGGGAAAGAAAUAAAUGCGACAGAUAUGUGGAAGGAAAUAUCAGCCAAAUUAAACAUGUCUCCAUUAUCCUGUAGAAAAAUGUUCGCAAAAUUGAAAGAAAAUCAUUUGCAAUUAGCUGAUGAAGUCGAUCCCAACAAAAGAAAGACACCAUACUACACGUUACUUGAGAAAAUAGUUGCUAUGAAGCCUAAAUUUGUUAAAACAGGACAAAAGAAAACAAUAAAAGGGGAAAAAGUUUACACAGAUGUUGCUCUACCUGAUGAGAAAGUCCAGCAAGCGUUGUUAUACUAUUUAGAGCAUGUAGGAGAAUUUGUGAGUCCCAAGUUUGAAAAUAAAUACCUAUGGACAGAACUGGCCAAUCACAUCUCGGAGCCUUUGAACAAUAUAUUAAGAAAAAUUAACUAUUUGAAGCAGAAUUUCGAUAGUCAGACAGGAAAAGUUGCAGGAGAAGACACUUCUUUCACUGAUAUUUUAAGGGAAAUCGUGACAAAGGAAUCGGCUCUUACGAGCGAUAUUCAAAACGAUCCGAAACCCGACCAAGUAGAAAUCAAAGUAAGAGAGGAAACAUGGACUGAUGAAGAAACAGAACAGCUACUCAGCUGGUACCUGGCGAAUUUAGAGAAAUUCAAAAAUCCAAAAUUCGUUCGUAGUUACCUUUGGAUGGAAGCCGCGGACAUUCUCCAGAAAAGUGCUCUCGUUUGCUCUAAAAAGAUGACUGAAGUUAGAACUCAGUACAAAACUCUUAUAAAAGAAAGUCCUGAAGAAUUGAAUAAUUGGAAGUUCUAUGAUUUGUGCCAGAAAAUAUAUGGUACGGGGAAAAGGAAUGCUGAGAGUAUGAUGAUUUUAGAUACGACACAAAACGUUUAGUUUAUCUUACGAUAAAAACAUUGCGGUUAAAGUAAGGACGCUAAGCACGAAGAAUUAAGUACAUUGAACCCGCCUGUUCCUAUCUUUCUCGCACGCUCGUAAUUAUACUGCUCCUUACAUAACUACAUUGUCAAAAUGCUGCAAGUCGUCCGGGACUAUACCUUCUUUCUUUGUUCAAUCCUAAUUAGAAAGAGAUACAGUUUAUUUCGCGCGGUUAUAUGUAUGUGCUCUAUAACUGAGCCAUGAAGGUGUUCAAAUCAGGGCCAUUCUCUGAGAAUAUGUCUGCCUGUAUCUUUAGGUAUUUUAAAAAAGGUAAACAAAAUCUACCCUCAAAUGGCUCCUUAAGGCAGUUGAGGGUAGGUGAAAACAUUACAUGAUCAAAUAAUGAAGGUUUAAAGUCAGGUGGUUCAGUGACAGACGCUGGCGGUUUUGUAUUUGGUUGGUUAACCAAUAAAUACCCGAAAAUGUACAAAUUGUUUGUUUACUUAUAUUUAAAUACCUAAAGAUACAGAGUAUUAAUUAUCACGACUCUUUUCAUACAUUUUAUAGGGGUCGCGGCAAUUAAGACUGCAGACAUAUUUUUUGAGAAUGACCAAUCAAAUCUAUGACUGAAGAGAUUUGAUGUUUUAGCGUUAUUUUUAUUAACGUUAAGAUGAUUAUUAAUAUCGAAUCAUGGGCUUUUAAUUUUAAACUGAUUUCCAUUUUAUGUUGUAUUAAUACACGUUAUUACGUAUUACGUUAAUAUACAGUUAUAGGUUAUAUUGAUUUACAUGAAGUCAAUAAAUUAAUUAUAUAUUCA